GGAACGGUGUCCUCCGUUCAUUUAGCAAGACGCCCUGAUGGAAGACUGAAAGCCCAGAUUUCUGCCUGAUUCUCUCUCUCUCUCUCUGUUAAAACCUCUCUCUCUCUAGUUUUGUACCCUGAAACUUGCAGGAGAAACCAGAGAAAAACGAUCAUGAAGAACUUGUGGCCGAUUUUAAUCAUCUGUGUUUCUUUCUGUGCAUUUUCCGGCAAUAAUUUGGCCGGAAUUUUGAGAGUUGCAGAGGCCGCAAAGAGAGUUGUAGUGCCUGAUUUUCUCGACGAUGUGAUAGACGAUGAAGAAGAUGAGGCAUGGAAAGAAUGGGGCAGUAAGAAGAAGGAUAAGGAGCCUGCGAUUGAGCCAUUUCCUGACUUUAGUAAGAUGAGCGCAUCUCAGAUUGAAGCUGAAGUUUUGAAGAGGCAGACUGGGCCUGCAAUGGGUUUUGUCAAGCUCAGAUUGGGUGUCUCUCGCUCAAGGGAGGAGGUGCCGGUGAUAGCCAUGAAAUGGAGCAAAUUGGUGAGGAGCGGAUCAAUUGAGGCCAAAUUCAUGGCGGUUGAUGUCAACACCAUCAUGUUCACCAUGCACCAAGGCCAAGACAUAGAAGAGCUGAAGGAUUUUGUAUUGAGGCAGGCAGAGGCAUACGAGUUGAAAGUAGGUGAAAGAGUGUUCCGUAGGCCUGGCGAUCCCCCUCUCCAACAACUCAUUGAAAUGCGGAGCAGAGAGAGAAACAACGCCAAGGACAUUUCACAGGACGAACUCUAGGACCCUGCGCGUCAUGUUUUUAUUACUGUAUUUUGCAUUGGGCGCGGUUCGUAUAUUGCCUACCCUCUAAAUAAUCAAAUUAGAGCCUACUAUUACCUUCAAAUAGUGGUGAGAAAUGUGUUUUCAAUAUUGAAAAUCCUUGUGGUUGCCGUAAAA